GGUUCAGCUAAGCCGGUUGACUCUUACACAAAUCGCAGUUAAAUCGGGAAUUAGGAAUAAUACACCGCGCCUGUUUUUGACAGAAUAACUUUUAUUUUGAUUUAGCACAGACUCAGAUCUUUCCAGGCCGACGCACUUGUAUAAUUAACUAACCUUUUGGACCAAGUACUGCACCUUUCGCAAUUCUUUACCUUGCCCUAACCUUGGGCGCAACACCACCUGACUGCGGCUGCUUAAUAAACAGCAGAGAGUGGCUCAAGGAGCGAAUUGUAACCUGGUGCACAAAGCAAGCAGGCAGACAGACAGACAGACAGACAAACAGACUGACUGACUGACUGACUGACUGUGUUUGGAGUGAGCGAGACGACGCGUUCAAAUCAAUGGAGCUCGGCGUUGCUAUCAUAAUUCUGUGCUUCGCUGCUGUUUUUGCAGCGUUUCUCUUACUGGUUUUCGGACUGAUAUACGCGGAGUUUUCCAACUCCGAGAUCCCUGCUGGGGUUGCUCAACCCGGAAAACUUCGCCUGAUCCACGGGCUGUUGGUAGGCAUUGCGGUCCUGGGCCGGAUCUUCCAGAAUAUGGGUCUGUGUACCCAGCUGGGCUUCACACGCUGGGUCAGCAACGUCCUGUUGCCCACAAGUAAGGUGCCCCCACAGCUACUGAUCAAAGACCUGACCUUUGCUGGGGUCCCUGUUCGGGUCUACCAGCCAAAGGUGCCCUCCGCUGGCCACCGCAGGGGACUGCUCUAUUUUCACGGUGGAGGAUGGAUGUUAGGAGGCAUUGAUGCCUACGAUGGAUUAUGCAGAUACAUCGCCAAGGAGUCUGAAACUGUGGUGGUCUCAGUUGGGUACCGCCUAUCCCCGGAGCACCGCUACCCAGCACAUCUAGAUGACUGCCUGGCAGCCACUUCUCACUUCCUGGAGGUGGCUGAGGCAGAUUAUGGUGUUGAUCCACGGAAGGUAGCUGUAGGAGGGGAUAGUGCAGGAGGGAAUCUGUCGGCUGCACUCUGCCACCGGUUUGUGGAGAAUGACCUGCCUCUGCCCUGUGCUCAGAUCCUGAUCUACCCUGUUCUCCAGAUGGCUGACUUCAACCUGCCCUCAUACCAGCAGAACCAGUAUGUGCCUUUGCUCUACAGGGCCCGUAUGGCAUUUUACUACCUACACUAUCUAAACGGGGACACGUCUUUAUUGGAGGAUGUGCUGGAUGGACGUCACGUCCCAGUGGAACUCGAACUGAAGUACCGGAAGUGGCUGGGUCUGGAUAAUCUCCCCCCAGAGUUCAAAACUUGUGGCUUUACACCGAGAGCUGUAACCGCCCAUGACAAAGAAAUUUACGAUUUAAUGAAAGGUGCCCUGGAUCCCAGCGUGUCUCCACUGCUGGCUUCGGACACAGUCCUCUGUAAAAUGCCACCCACUUUCAUCUUGACCUGUGAGUUUGACGUGCUGAGAGAUGAUGGGAUACUUUUCAAGAAGCGUCUGGAGGAUCUGGGGGUGCCGGUCACUUGGUGGCACGUCCAGGACGGUUUCCACGGGAUCGUGAGUUUCUUUGAUAAAGGGUGGCUGACCUACCCAUCUGGUAAGCUGGCUCUUGACCACAUUGUCAGCUUCGUGAAGACUCUUUGAUCAGUGCACAGGGAUUCUGUAGUCACUAGAAUAACUGACCCAGUUUGGGUUUACCCAAAAAAAGCCAGAUAUCUGUCUUUCCUUGACCUCAAAUGCAGUUGCCUGACAUGGAUAUAUGUAACACCGGCUAGAUAAACUAAAGUAUCUUUAUAGAAGCAAGAUCCUGCUCCAUCUAGUGAUCUCUGCUACUUUGCAACCAAGUUUGCAUAAGUUUUUUGCACUGAGUGGGGAUAGUCCUUGCUAAUAUAGAGUCACUUUGGAAGGUCUAGCCUUAAAUAUGUCUGACAUGAAGUAGACCUGAUAAGCAGCUCCUAGUCGAAACACAAUAUUUAUAUAAUUGCAAUAAGAACAUCUUAAACAUGAUUUGCAAACAUCAUUCAAGCAAAAGGGGCAUUAAAAAUUCAAUUUGCAGCUACUUACUCUUAUGAUUUUUAGUCUCCCUAGACUCGGACAUAUUGUGCCCCAAUUUGGGGUUUCUAAUAGCUGCAGACCAGAUGUCAUAGUUGAAAGUGUUGCUUAUUCAAGUAGUGAGUCAGAAAAUAGCAAGUACAGAACUCUGCUUUCCUGACUAGUGUAGGGAGAGCCCUUGACCAGUAAUCAAUAUUCUUUUUGUAAGACAUUAAAAAAAGAAAUAUCAGUAUAUUUAUAAUACAAAGAUUCUGAUAUUUUAAUUAAGAGUAUAAUCAAACAGAUCACCUGCUUUCACCCCCAUAUUUAAGCCACAUUUCAAAGUACACCAUCAAAUCGGUCUGUAAAAACUCAGCCUCUCAUUCUGUUAUCAAACUGUGGCAACAGCUUCUUUCAUUUGCAGUGUACAAGCUGCAACCAGUCAUUACCUUUCUGUAUCACGUCUGUAUAAUUCCUGUAUAAUAUGAAUUAAUUCACCAACCUUCAACAUUUCUCUGACUGUAUAAUAUAUUCACAGACACCCCCUGCAAUUGGCAGUUCAAAUCUUGAAAUAAUUUUGCUCUCAGUCUGCUGUUGGUGGAAGUGAACAUAAUGUAUUUCAGGUGAACUUCAUGUCAGCCCUAGUUGCAGAUUGAAAUGUAACAUUAGUGUAUGUGUGGAAAUAAAGCCUCUUUGUGUGCCUGUUUUGUAAGCUAACCUGUUUUUAAAUGAAAACCCUUAAGCAUAAAAUUUAGCUAAACUUCAGAAAUAAAUGAAUGUGUGAGCAUAGGUCAAAAUGAGUAUUUAAAUGACAUAAUCCUGGUGUUUUACUAUUGGUUGCGUAUUUCAGUUGCGGUAAUUAAGGCAGGGGUGGAAAAUUCCAGUCCUCAAGGGCCAUUCCUCGGUUUGAGAGGCUAUCAAUUAAAUAAUUGAUUUUAAGGGCAUGAUUGUAACACAUCUGGGGUGGAAUAGCCCUCGCUGUGCACAACUGGAUUAGAGAAUGUGCUGCAGGGUCAGAAACUUACACUAGCCCUGCACCCAGGCCUGGAUUUCAGAUGUACCCUUAUUUAGAAAUAUUAUUGAAGUUAUGAGAUGCUAGCAAUCGGGUCCCUGAUAGAGCUGCACUGCUCUGAUUGUGCUUCUCAUCACAGCAUGAAUAAGUCUUACCACAGUCCGUGGUUUACUUGAGAAGUUAUGUGUGCAGCUGUAGCAGAGGAACAUAUUACUGAACAAGGGUCUAAUUGCAUUGUACUUAUUUGAGGGUAGUUCAGAACCCAUGACUGGGUGCAGGACUAGUGUAAGUUUUUAGCGAGUUAAGGUGUUAUAAAAUAUUUUUAAACCUACAUUGCAUUCUGGUAUCUGUAUUUCUGUCAGAAGGGAGAUGUACUGUUUAAGGUACCCGAACGCAUUGAGAGUUGUAAAAUAAUAAUACAACUGUCCCAAAGGUCAAAAUGAAUACAUAAAUACAAUUUCACACGGUACAAUAAAGACUUCAUAAUAUCAUUUUGGAUAUUUUCAAAAGUUUUCUGGGGGGGAAAAAAACAAAAUAAUUCAAGUUACAAAACAAGCUUUUAAGUUG